AUGGCUCAGAUUCUCCCCCUCACCCACGCACCGGGGGCAAUUGACAGCGGCCGGUUAACCCACCGGCUCCCCCGUCUCUGGGACGCAGGAGGGAACCAGUGUGACCCUGGGAAGUCCACCAAGUACCUGUAUGAGCUGCUGUACAACGACCCCAUGAAGAUCGUGCUCAUGCCAGGAUGCAGUGGGGUCUCCACCCUGGUGGCAGAGGCGGCUCGGAUGUGGAACCUGAUCGUGCUCUCGUACGGUUCCAGCUCGCCGGCUCUCUCCAACCGCCAGCGGUUCCCCACCUUCUUCCGGACCCACCCCUCGGCCACGCUCCACAACCCCACCCGCGUCAAGCUCUUCAAGAGGUGGGGCUGGACCAAGAUCGCCACCAUCCAGCAGACCACCGAGGUCUUCACCUCGACCCUGGAUGACCUGGAGGAGCGGGUGAAGGAGGCCGGGAUCGAGAUCAGUGUCCGGCAGAGCUUCCUGACAGAUCCUGGGGUCGCAGUGAAAAACCUCAAGAGACAAGACGCCAGGAUCAUUGUUGGAUUAUUCUACGAAACCGAGGCAAGGAAAGUCUUCUGUGAGGUGUACAAGGAGAAGCUUUACGGUAAGAAGUACGUUUGGUUCCUCAUUGGCUGGUACGCCGACAACUGGUUCAAGAUCCAGGACAACAAUAUCAACUGCACGGUGCAGAGCAUGACGGAGGCAGUGGAGGGUCACCUCACCACCGAGAUCCUCAUGGUGAAUCCCACCAACAGCAGGGGAAUAUCCAAAAUGACUUCCCAGGAGUUCCUGGAGAAACUGCAGGAGGUGAUCAACAAGUCGCCUGAGGAGACGGGCGGUUACCAGGAAGCCCCGCUGGCGUACGAUGCCAUCUGGGCCCUGGCGCUGGCCCUGAACAAAACGGCCCAAGAGCUGGAGAAGAAGCAGAUGCGCCUGGAGCAGUUCAACUACCACAGCCAGAACAGGGACAUCACCGAGGAGCUGUACAAGGCCAUGAACUCCUCCUCCUUCGAUGGAGUCUCGGGCCACGUGGUGUUUGACGCCAGCGGGUCACGGAUGGCGUGGACGAUGAUCGAGCAACUGCAAGAUGGGAAGUACGUGAAGAUCGGUUACUACGACAGCACCAACGACAAUAUGUCGUACUUUGGCACUGACCGCUGGUUUGGUGGUGUCCCACCCGCCGAUCACACCAAGGUCAUCCCGACGUUCCGGUACCUAUCCCAGAAGCUCUUUGUGUCCGUCUCUGUCCUUGCUGGGCUUGGGAUUCUGCUGGGAGUCAUCUGCCUCACCUUCAACAUCUACAACAGUAACGUGCGGUACAUCCAGAACUCGCAGCCCUACCUGAACAACAUGACAGCGGUGGGCUGCACCCUGGCCCUGGCCGCCGUCUUCCCCCUUGGACUGGAUGGCUACCACAUCCGCAAGUGGCACUUCCCCUUCGUCUGUCAGGCCCGUGUGUGGCUCCUGGGCUUGGGCUUCAGCCUGGCUUACGGCAGCAUGUUCACCAAGAUCUGGUGGGUCCACACCGUGUUUACCAAGAAGGUGGAGAAGAAGGAGAAGCAGAAGCACCUGGAGCCCUGGAAGCUGUACGCCACGGUCAGCGUGCUGCUGGGCAUCGACGUCCUCACCCUGGCCGUCUGGCAGAUCGUGGACCCGCUGCAUCGCACCGUGGAGGAGUUCACCAAAGAGGCUCCGGCGGGAGACCAGGACGUCCUGAUCCUCCCUCAGCUGGAACACUGCAGCUCCAACAAGAUGAACACCUGGCUGGGGAUUGUUUAUGGAUACAAGGGCUUACUGCUCCUCCUGGGAAUCUUCCUGGCCUACGAGACGAAGAGCGUUUCCACGGAGAAGAUCAACGAUCACCGGGCCGUGGGCAUGGCCAUCUACAAUGUGGCUGUGCUGUGUAUGAUCACCGCCCCAGUGACGAUGAUAGUCAGCAGCCAGCAAGAUGCCGCCUUUGCCUUUGCCUCCCUUGCCGUCGUAUUCUCCGUCUACAUCACCCUGGUGGUUCUCUUCGUCCCCAAGAUGCGGAGGUUAAUAACCCGUGGGGAGUGGCAGUCGGAGCAACAAGAUACCAUGAAGACGGGCUCCUCCACCAACAAUAACGACGAGGAGAAGUCACGGCAACUGGAGAAGGAGAACAGGGAGCUGGAGAAGAUCAUCGCUGAGAAAGAAGAGCGGAUCUCGGAACUGCGGCAGCAGCUCUACGAGCGACAGCAGCUGAGGUCCCGGAGACGGACUUCCACCGCGGCCAAGGAGAACCCGCCGGACAUCCACUACAACAACUCGGCCGGGACCGUCUCCUCCCUCUAUCAGCCCCACAUGCCCCUGGUGAAGUGCCUGGUGCCAUCUGAGCAGGGCAGCAAGCUCGGGAGAAACAACUGCGAGGGCAGUCGGGUCCACCUGCUCUACAAGUGACGGGCAGUGUGGCGGAAGGUCAGUUGUAGCCGGGUCCCGAGGUCAGUGAUACCCCUCACAUGGCAGGAGAACGUGGGGGGGAGAUUGCCCCCACCACCCCUUCACCACACCCCCCCGGUGAUCGGACCCCACUGCCUCCCACUUCAGAACCGGACCAAAUCCUCCACCCGGACCCCUCCAGCACAGCUUCCCCGCCUCUCUUCCCCACCCAGAGCACGUCCGUUGUUCAGUGAGUUCAGUGUUGUUUUGUUGGGACUGUUAAGGUGCAGGGUUUGAUUGUACAGAGGGACCAAGCCUCUGAAAUGCAUUCAUGUUCUGUUCAAAGCCAGUGCGAAUCUUUCCCAGUGGACCACAAAAUCUUCCCCACCUGUCCACGAUCUAACUGACCUGUAAACUAGACGGCUAUCCCCAUGUCCUACGUGUGACUGAUCUGUAAAGCGGAGGAACUGUGUUUACGAUGCAACUGACUCAAAAAACCAGAGGCCGCGUCCUUGCUCACAAGGCGACUGAUCUGCUAGAUCGAGUGCCCCAUAAAGCCAGAGGAGCUGUCCCCGUGCGUACAAUGUUACUGACCGGUCUAAUAGGCAAACUGUGUCUGUGUUUACGAUGCAACUGACACGUAAAUCCAGAGGAACAGUCUCCAUGUUUACGAUGUAAUUCAUCCGUAAAUCCAGGGGAACUGUCCCUAUGUUUACGAUGUAACUCAUCCGUAAAUCCAGGGGAACAGUCCCUAUGUUUACGAUGUAAUUCAUCCGUAAAUCCAGGGGAACAGUCCUUGUGUUUACGAUGAAAUUGAUGCGUAAAACCAGAGGAAUUGUCCCUACUUACGACAUAGCUGACUCAUAAAAUCAGGGGAACUCUCCAUGUUUAAGAUGUAACUUAUCCAUAAAACCAGAGGCUCUGCCCGUGUUUAAGAUGUAACCUAUCCAUAAAACCAGAGGCUCUGCCUAUGUUUAAGAUGUAACCUAUCCAUAAAACCAGAGGCUCUGCCCGUGUUUAAGAUGUAACCUAUCCAUAAAACCAGAGGCUCUGCCCGUGUUUAAGAUGUAACCUAUCCAUAAAACCAGAGGCUCUGCCUAUGUUUAAGAUGUAACCUAUCCAUAAAACCAGAGGCUCUGCCCGUGUUUAAGAUGUAACUUAUCCAUAAAACCAGAGGCUCUGCCUGUGUUUAAGAUGUAACUUAUCCAUAAAAUCAGAGGCUCUGCCUGUUUAAGAUGUAACUUAUCCAUAAAACCAGAGGCUCUGCCUGUGUUUAAGAUGUAACUUAUCCAUAAAACCAGAGGCUCUGCCUGUGUUUAAGAUGUAACUUAUCCAUAAAACCAGAGGCUCUGCCUGUGUUUAAGAUGUAACUUAUCCAUAAAACCAGAGGCUCUGCCUGUGUUUAAGAUGUAACUUAUCCAUAAAACCAGAGGCUCUGCCUGUGUUUAAGAUGUAACUGACCCGUAGAACCAGAGGGACUCUCCCUGUUCCCACGAUGCAGCUGACCCGUGAGUCCAGGAGAACCGUCCCCACGUUCAUUAAAUCACCAAGCUCCAGAACUUUCAGGAACCUUGCCCUGUGUCUACGAACUGGCUUCGGCCAGACAGACCCCCUCCCCGACCCCCCACCCUUCAGUUACUCGGGGACACUGUCCCACCCACACUCUCCAUGAAAUCUCUUCCGAAACAAUACGAGGGCAGGAGUGAAAGGUUUUCAGGGAUAAAUCCCUCUGGGUUACAAGACCAGCCCUUCCAUUUCUGCUGUGUGUGAUAUCUCCUCGGUGUCCUCACGUUCCUCUGGCAUCUGUACAAGGAGAUAAUGGUCACCGGGUCAAUGCAAAGCAGUUUAAGCUUCAACCCUGGGCAAGGAGAGAUCACAUUUCCCAGUCGUGGGUUGAGGUAGGUCAUUGAUCUUGUAACUGUAAUCACAUCCGUCGUGUGUACACAACAUACCGGGGACCUGACGGCUGGAUUGAGUCACAUUCAGAGAAUCUUCCCCUGACAUCGGUGGUACAUUGUCUUGGCAACCUUAUGGUAUCUUUAGUCCGGACUGAUACAGAAUGAUCUGCCGUCCUCUCCCCCCCACCACCGUGAGACCUGGGUCGUCAACCAGGACCCCAGAAGCAAGAUGCCGCAGAUGCUGGAGAACCCAAAACAAAACCCAGAGAACAACAAAACCCCACCGCAGGUCAGGCAGCGUCCGCGGAGACAGAACACUGAACGCCCGUCCCCGGUGCCGACUGGUCGGUGCGGAGCGGCCGAGCUCCGGCAUUCGGGGGACCCGCGACUGUAACGUGUCUGGUCAGAAGGCGAGGCCGGCAGUCGCCAGGUGUCCUCGGGAGCAGAAGGGGCAAAGACUACCCACUGAAGGGGGAGAUGUGGACCCGGUGUCCCGGCCGGGAAGGGAAGCACGCAGUGGGGAGUGCGAAACCCCAGAGAGGAUCGAAGCUCCUACAAUCCGAGACUAGAAGGGCCGAAUGGCCUGCUUUCUGUGCUGUAGUGUUCUAUGGUUCUGUGGGUGGGGGUGUGAUUAUGGGGCUGGCGGGGUGUGCCGGAGGGAUUGGGGAUUGGAGGCGUCCACCCGUUCCACACCCAGCCCCUCAAUGUGAUAUCGUCAGCGCCCAACAUCAGGGGGAUGUCCCGCUGAACAGACAGGACCCGCCCAGGUUUCAGUACCAGGGACCCCUUGCAGCCUCUUCGAUCUCCCCGAUAGUCCCCGUUACAGCCAGCAGCCCUGACCUGCAGCCACCCGAUCCUCCUUUGCGUUAGAGUAUAACCCGUGUUGUUCCGACACAGAGUCCCGUCGGCUUCUCUCCCCACGCCGCCCCGCGGCUAUACAAGGCUCCGCCCGGCAGUGGACUCGCCAGCCCAUGUGCUUCCAUGUUACAACGUGAGUAGUAAUCAUCCCCACAUCGUAUGUCGCGCAGACCACUCAGAACUAGAUCUCACAACAUGCAUGGAUGGUUUCAUUCACUGUAACCGACAAGGACUGUUUAUAAUAAAAGUGUUAACCUUUA